AUGAAUUUAGCGCUCGAUGAGCGGGCAUACGGCGCUCUGGUGUUUUUAAACAACUACCUCCGUGUCCAGCCAAUAUACGCAAACAUCCAAAUCAUGUUGGAGAAACACCAUUCAGACACAAGCUUAUCUGUAAUUGAGCGAUUGAGUGAAAUUUUCAAGGAUACUGUUAUCGAGCUUGAUACUGCUAAAGGACAUGGAAACAUCAUACUCCCACUUUCAGUAACACCGUUGGUCAUUCACCGAAGCGAUCUUCUUCGUUGCUCGAACCACCUUUCCAUGAGUGGAAGCCCCGCUGCAACUCGAACGAUGAAGAGAAGACGUUCUAAAGAGUGUAAUCUGGUUGAAUCGGAGCACAUCAAAGUCCGACUAGUUGCUGUUUCGACAGAGGUGCCACCAAUUGUGAAGCCUCUGUGUGGUGAAAAGAGACGAAAAGUGGAGGAAGCGAUAGAGAACCUUUCUCAAAAUUUGAACCGCUGGAAAUCGGCCCAAGAAUCUGAGGGAUCAAUAAUUACAGACGCUUUGCACUCAACAAAACCCCUUUUAGCUCAUUUACAAUGCUUCAAGUGUGAAUUCGAAGGACUCUGGAAGGAAUACGAGAACAUUUACCAAGAGUUAUUUCAUACUAAAGAAACACUGAACCGGACACUCGAAGAGAACACAUCUCUCGCACUUCAGAAAGAUUCCCGCGAACGCAUAAAUGUAAAGCUAGCGGAAGACGCCAUCGAUCUUGAUGAAGAGAAUCGGGAUUUGCAUUUAAACCAGGUGAAAGCUUCAAAAACUGAAAAAUCAUUGAUUGGGACUAUAUCAUGUCUUAAUGCGCACAUAAAUGCCGAGAGUGUUCACGUCAAGAAUCUUGUCAUUGAACUGGAAAAGUCCAAGUCUAUUGCGAGCAGAGAUGUCCGCAUCAAACAGAACCUAACACACAAUAUUGAGACUUUGAAGCAAGACGUGCAGAAUUUGUCGAUAGACAAGCAAAGUCUGCAAAACGGCGUGAAGGCUCACAAGGCAAAGAUUGAUACAUUAAAUGCACAAAUUCUGGUACUUGCUGAGCAAAAAUCACGUGUAUGGGAACAAUCAGCGAAGAAAGACGGUGACAUAAAGAAAGAACUGGAGACUGCUCUGAGAAUUCUAGACCUCGAGAAGUGUGAACUCGAGAAAGCUUUGAAGGUCAAGGAGGCCACUGCAAAAUCUCAAAAGCUCAAGAUGGACUCAUAUCAUGCGAAACAAAAAUGGGAGAUGGAGGAGCUUAAAGAAGUUCGACUCAGGAAUACUCAGCUUGAGUCAUCUGUCACAUCGUUCAAGGCGAGGCUCACGGAAGCAGAAAAUCUACAAUGCGCUUUGAAAGAAAAUCUCAAAAUCAUUCAACAUGAAAAUGAAGAACUUCGAACUUCGGUAAAGCUUGCUGAUACUCUUCACGCUGACGAGUUUGAUCGGCUACGGAAGCGAGAAACCGAGCUUUUGACAUCAAUGGACGCUAUGAAAGAAAAUAUAGAAAUCAUACAACAUGAAAAUCAAGAACUUCGAACCGAGGUAAAGCUUGCUGAUACUCUUCACGCUGACGAGUUUGAUCGGCUACGGAAGCGAGAAACCGAGCUUUCGAUAUCAAUUGAAGCCCUUACGAAGCAAAAGGAUGAUGCUCAAUGCUCUUGGAAUUCCAAGGCUCUGGAGUACGAAUCCCUGAUAAACGCACGGGCAGGGAUCGAAGAGAGAGAGAGACUUGCAAAUACUAGGAUCCUUUCACUUGAAAAGGAGAAGAUUGAACUUGAAGCAGCUCUGCAUGCUAUGUCAUUGGAUUUUCAAAAUGUUGCAAUUCGGAUGACGGAUUUCGAAACCUGGAAAAACUUGGAAGUAGAAGUUCUUCAGCGUGAGAAGCUGGGUGCAGAGAAUUCCCUUGUGCACAACUUGCAGGAAAUGAAGGUUGCAAACAACGCGCUUCAAAAUUCCCUUCAAACCGUUGAGUGGGCUAGUUCGAAAGCAUUAGAGGUUAAAUGUCAAGAGUCAGAAGUGCUCCGACAACAGCGAAAUGAGAUGGAGCUCGCGUUCGAUAUGAAGAAUCAAGAAUUGUUACAGAUCCAGAAAGAACAAUCGGAAUUGCAGAUGAUGAUACAAUCUCUUCGUGUUCAAGAACAAGUCAGACAGGCUGAACUCGAUGCUGCACUACAAGAACUUGCAUGUCUCGAUUGCUCAAAGACGUAUUCUGCUGAAAGCUUGCUUCACGAAGUCAAGGGCAAGAAAAUGGAAAUCAGCACGUCAAGAGAGGAGAACAGGGUACCGGAUCAGGCAUUCGGAAGCGAACGAACCGAUAUCUCUGAACAGGCGAAGUACAACCUGCUUGCACAAGACAGGGGGGUUAUCAAACUUCUUACGAAAGAGCCCACUCAUGAUUCCCAUAGAAUUGAUUAUGAACUUGCAAAACGAGAUUGCGAACAACCACAGAGCAACCAUAUAGACGUGCAGUCGACUUCAAUUGAAACAGUACAAGCUGAAAACUCUUGUGAUCAAAUUAAUCUCUUGACCAAGGCGGAGUGGGAGACCAAAUAUGAUGCAAAACCUGGUGAACUGGAAAAUCAAGGUGUGAAGUCGAUCCUGGGACAGAUGUCAAACCAGAAGACAUUGAAGACCAGGAAUUCGGAUGCCAACACGGUGAACGAAACAGCGUCUUUUACACCCGACGCAAAGGAGACCACUUCGAACAACUUUGAGGUACACUGUGGAAUCCCCACAGUAAUCAAAAACGACCCAGGUUUACAGACCGGGCGAGAAGCUCUGCAAAAUCUUCCCGAUGCCAAAGAUGGAGAAUCCAUUCAUGCGUCGUUGCAUGUGCAAUAUCCACCAAGUUUGGAACAAAACAUAAGUACAGAGGAGGUACAGGUAAUGCAGCAUUACAGCUCCAAAAUUUUAAUCGAUUCCGGGGCCAAGAGUGCAAAAAUGAAGGCAUCAGGAGGAGAGGGAUUUGUAGCCGAAAAAACGGCUGAGUUUCUGGUGUUGAAGGACUCCGAAAAUCAAGUUGAGAGGUUGUGUGCCCAGCAAGAACUUCCAGGUGUUUCUCUAGAACAACGAUUUGCCGAACAACGAAGAAACCUCUCAAACGUUCACCCAGUUUUUGAGACCGCACAAGAGCCUCGCGUGGCUAUGAAACCCAAUUCGUCGAAGGUGGAGAACGCAACAUUGGAGCACUCACUCAAAACAGAAGUUUCUGCAUCAAAAUCUGCGCAGAAACAAUUCCAGGUCGAAUGCAGCGAGCUUGGCGCAGAGGAGCCAGAAAAUAUCGUAUUGAAGGACACUCUGAAGAUUGAAAUAGAGGCCACGAAGAAUCUCCGUCCCGUUCAACAACACUCCGAGGAAGCUCGGAAAAUUUGUGCAGACCUUCUGUCUCUGCCUGAGACAACCAAGCAUUUGAAGAUAAGAAGAAAUGAAAAAACAGCAGAACAGCAGACACCUGAAACAAAAAGCAUCACCUCGAGCGCGGUCGAGGAAAGGUUCGAGGCUAAAUGCACUGAGCUUGGUACGGUUCAAAAGGAAAAGGCAGUCAUAGAGAAAUCAAUGGACGGGACUCGAAUCGGUCUGAAAAUCAUGAAACAAGAGCUUGACGAACUACAGAGUCGACAUGCAGACCUUCAAUCACUGUUCGAAACAGCACAAAAUGACAGUUCAAAGAAGAUGCGAGACAAGGAUAUAGAAAUAGAGAGCUUAAACAAGAAGAAGGCAGCAGCAGACCAGUUACUUGAAGCAAAAAUUCUUACAUUGAAAGAAGCAAAGAAGGAAUUCGAAAAAAAGAAUGCAGCACUGAAGGCGACGAGGGAGGAGGAGAAGGCUGCGGUAGAGCAAGCGUUAGAAGCAAAAAUCCAUGCCUUGAAAGCAGUCGAGAAAACUUUUCAGGUCAAAUGCACCGAGCUCAGCGAGGCUCAACAGGAAAAGGCAGCCUUGAGUGAAUCAAUGCAGAGGCUUCGAAUCGAAACAGGGGUACAAAAGAGUACUCUGACCACCACAAAGCAAGAGCUCGACGAACUUAGGGGCAGACAUUUAGAUCUUCAGUCACUGCUUGAAACUCUGCAAAGUGACAGUUCAAAGAGGCUACGGAUAAGUCGUCCGGACAAGGAUGUAGAACUACAAAGUUUAAGCAAAGAGAAGGCAGCCGCACAGCAGUCGCUUGAAGCAAAGAUUCUCGCAUUAGCAGUGAUCGAAAAAAAGCACCAGGCCAAAUGCCACGAUUUCGACGUAAUCGAAAAGGAACUGAAAGCGUUGAACGAGGGCAUGAACAGUCUGAGCGAAUCGGAGGUCAGGAGAUUCGACUACUCAUUCUUGAUGGAAAGUAAUCAAUGGAUACAAUCUAAGGCUUCUCGCAGAAUCCUCGAGAUGGAUCUGCGCGCUCAAGUAAACCGGCUCGAAAUGUUAGAAGUGUCUGCGCGUGAGAAAGACGAAAGAUACGCAAAAAGGGUUCGCGAUCUCAAUGACUCAGUAGGCAAUCUUCGAACAAAGCUGUUCGAGCUUCGACAGGGUCGACUAGAGGAUAGAUUAGAGAGAGUUUCGAAAAGCCGUUAUAUCGAAUUAGAGAAUCGCUACGACGAACAGAAGAAAAUACGGGAAGCAAACCAAGUGAACAUCCUUAAAGAAAUCAAAGAAUAUCGACAUAACCUUCAACAAGCUAAUGAUCAGCAGAAGGAGAUUCAGAUUUCACAAAUGCAGAUCCGCCUUCAAGCUGCUGAAAAUCUGCAGACAGCUGCCCCUGACGACCAGGUCAUCGAACCACGUCCUUCUUUCUAUUCGCGACCAUCGCAGCGUGCCAUCCCUCACGGAGGCCUCAAGAAGACUCUUCGGGGUGCAAAUGUUCAGCUUCAGCUUCAGCGAUUGGUGACCAACCACAGAAACGCCUCAAAUUCUCCACCACAUGAUAUCCACAAUCCACCACGCGGGAAAAUAAAUAAACCAUCUGCCUAUAAAAAACACGCACGCGGUUCUACUUUGCCUUCGGACGCCAGUCUGGAAAUUUCAUAG